AUGCCUUUAAUUAUUAUUUGUGGAAUUCCCUCAAGCGGGAAGACCACUCGUGCAAAGCAAAUAACGCAGUACUUUCUUGAUAAGUUCUCUAGUCAAGAAAAAACUGGAACUGUACACUUAAUCAACGAUGAAUCCUUAGGAAUUACAAAAGAUAGUUAUAAAGGUAUUUGGACAAUUCCUUCAGGAAUUAUUACCGUAUUACUAUUACCAUGUAAAGAUACACGUGUUGAAGAAAAAAAAUCUCGUGCAUCGUUAAUAUCAGCUGUUGAACGUCUGGUUUCUAAAGAGGAUUUAGUAAUUGCCGAUGGAAUGAAUUAUAUUAAAGGGUAUCGAUAUCAAUUGUAUUGUAUUGCACGAGCUGUUGGUACUCCACAUUGUGUGGUAUAUUGUGGAACGCCGAUCGAGAUUGCUAGAGAAUGGAACUCUAGUCGAGGUGAAGAAGGUUAUGAUGCAACAAUAUUUGAUGAGCUGGUUAGUAGAUUUGAAGAACCAGAUGAUCGUAAUCGUUGGGAUUCUCCACUUUUCACGGUUCUGUAUGAUGAUCCUGCACCUUCAUAUGAUGGAAUAUGGGAUGCUAUUAUUGUCAAGAAAGCAAAACCGCCUAAUUUAUCUACUGUAGUG